AUGAUCAUCAACGGCAAGGUCUACGACAUCUCCAGCUUCGUUGACGAGCAUCCCGGUGGAGAGGAGGUUCUUCUUGAUGCCGGUGGAACUGAGGCCACCAACGCUUUCGACGACGUUGGACACUCUGAGGACGCUUACGGCAUCCUUAACGACCUCUAUGUCGGUGAGGUUGACCCCAGCGAGGACGUUAUCCGAAAGACUCACACUGUCAAGACUUCUUACGAGGACGGCGAGUCUGUUGGUGAUGACCACGGAUCUUCUUCCAUGAUCUUCCUCAUUGUUGCUGCUGCUGUUGCCGCCGCUGCUUUCUUCUACCUCCAGGGUCAGAAAUAA